UGACGCGCCGCCAUUUUGUCUGGCGCGGGCGCGGGCCUCUGAGGUGAGGAGGCACCGGCGGCGCCGCCGACAGGCCGGACGGGGCGGAGGUCUGGCCGGCCGGGAGCCGCGUCGACGUCGUUGCCCGCGAGAGAAAAGCGAGAGAGAAGGCGAGAGGAGGCCGGAGGGAAGCGGACAGGGCCGCUCCUGGGCUCAGCCUGGGCUGCACGGCAGCUGGGCCGGGCUUGGCGGCGCUCCGCCCCGCGGCCUGCCUGCCGCCGCCGCUCCUCCUCCUGCUGCUGCCGCCGCUGCCCUGCGCCGUCGGGGAAAGUCCGCCGCCGCUGAGGGGCCGCCGGAGCCGAGCUGGGAAGGGAACGCUGCCGCCGUCAUGUCGGGCCAAUCGAUCACCGACCGGAUCACGGCGGCGCAGCACAGCGUCACCGGCUCGGCCAUCGCCAAGGCCGUCUGCAAGGCCACCACCCACGAAGUCAUGGGCCCCAAGAAGAAGCACCUCGACUAUUUAAUUCAGUGCACAAAUGAGAUGAAUGUGAAUAUUCCACAAUUAGCAGAUACGCUUUUUGAGAGGACGGCAAACAGUAGCUGGGUAGUAGUGUUCAAAGCUCUAAUUACAACGCACCACCUCAUGAUGUAUGGAAAUGAGCGCUUUAUUCAAUACUUGGCAUCUCGAAAUACAUUAUUUAAUCUCAACAAUUAUCUGGAUAAAAGUGCCAUGCAGGGCUAUGAUAUGUCUACCUUCAUCAGACGAUAUAGCAGAUACUUGAAUGAAAAAGCACUUUCUUAUAGACUUGUAGCCGUUGAUUUCACCAAAAUGAAAAGAGGGAUUGAUGGUGUGAUGAGGACAAUGAAUACUGAAAAACUUUUGAAAACCCUGCCAAUUAUUCAGAAUCAGCUGGAUGCACUUCUUGAUUUUGAUGCAAACCCAAAUGAACUAACCAAUGGAGUAAUCAAUGCUGCCUUCAUGCUCCUCUUUAAAGAUUCCAUUAGGCUUUUUGCAGCCUAUAAUGAGGGGAUCAUUAACCUACUAGAAAAAUAUUUUGAUAUGAAGAAGAACCAGUGCAAAGAAGGUCUGGAUAUUUACAAAAAGUUUUUAGCCAGAAUGACCAAACUAUCAGAAUUCCUCAAAGUGGCAGAGCAAGUUGGAAUUGAUCAGGGUGACAUUCCAGAUCUUACUCAGGCUCCCAGCAGUCUGCUCGAAGCCCUGGAGCAACAUCUGGCUUCUUUGGAAGGAAAGAAGACCAAGGAAGUUUCAGCUGCCAGCAGAGCAAGUACUCUCUCCAGUGCCGUUUCCACCCUGGCCAAUACAGGAAUGUCCUUCAGUAAAAUGGAUGAAAGAGAGAAACAGCAGGCUCUGGAGGAGGAGCAAGCUAGACUGCAGGCUCUGAAGGAACAGCGAUUGAGAGAGAUUUCUGUGGUUUCCAAUUCGACUUCGACUUCUGCUUCUCCAAGCACUUUAUCAGGAAAGAGUGUGAACACCAAUCCUGCCGUUGACCUCUUUGCAGCCCCCGCCCCAACUACCAAUAGCAUGCCCAACCUUUCUACCGAUCUCUUUGAUCUUCAACCUGCAUUUGUUCCUACGGUACAAAGUACUCCAGCCAUAGCAACGUCAGCAAGCAGUGCCUGGGGAGGACAUUUCUCAUCCACAAAUGGUUGUGUUGGGUCUCCACCCCAUCUGGAUGUCUUUGAUAUGAAACCGGUUGAAGAAGCUGUAAAAAGUUCAACUCCUUUUGUGAGCUCCACCUUUGGCUCCAAACAAACAGUGGAACUAUUUAGUGGCUACCCUCUUCAUUCCGCAUCGCAGAAAACAACCUCUUCAACAAUCAAUGUGGACUUCGAUGCUGUAUUUGGUGGAAAAUCGACCAUAAAUGAUUUUGGAACUACAGCAGAUGAUGUAUUACAACCAACAGUAGCUGCACAAAAUCAGAGAGGAAAUGUAAUUGGGCAACAAAGUGGAAGGAUUUUGGCCAAUGACCUUGACUCAUCACUUGCUAAUCUAGUAGGAAAUCUUGGAUUUGGAGGGACACCACCCAAAAAAUCUGAUAUGCAGUGGAAUCAGCCUACAGAGAAGAAACUGACUGGGGGUAACAACUGGCAAGCAAAAACAAGCACCUCAACUACGUGGAAUACUGUUCCUGUACCUCCUGCUCCACAGAUGGUACCUGCUCCAGUAACCUACCCAGUAAAUACACCUCAAGUGCCUGUGUAUGGAAUGGUACCUACUCAGAUUGGAACUGCCCCUAUUAUGACUCCUCAGCCCAUGAUUUAUACCCAGACUGGUCUAAGGCCAAACAAUCCUUUUGCACCUAUCUCUGGAACACAGAUUCAGUUUAUGUAGACCUGCCAAAACAACAAGACUCUUUUGACAAGCAAAUUGGUACAGAGAAGAUGAAACUUUCAGACUGCAGCCUUUGCCAGAGCUCAUACUUGCUCCGCGUAUACUAUAAAAUUACUUUUAAUUGCUGUGCUUUAGAGAUUCUUUUUAUAACAGUCCCUAUGGUCUGAAAUCAUGUGUGGGUUUGGAUGGGGUUAAGACUGUUUUCCACGAGACAUUUAAGUGUUUUGAAGCUAAAGGUCAUCCAGGUUCAAAAAGAAUAUCCUACUUUUUUGUUGCUUUUAGAGACAAGCUUACUUAGGAAUCCUUGGAAGGAUUUGUUUUUUUAAUUUUGAGCCUGUAGUAAGCAAGUGGACAGCCUCAAACUUCUAUUUAUUUUCUCCCUGAAACUCGGUGGCUGAUGUAAUCAUGGGCACUGUAGAGCAAAGUUGAGCAAUAAGCUUUUUAGAUACUCUGAAGGACUACCCAAAACAGUAACUACUCGGACAGGAGUAAAUCCUGCAUUGUGAAAAAAGCUGGUUAUCUUAGGAAACCAAGCUGUUUUUCUUCAUACUAGGCUGGCUUCUUCUGAUUCAUAGGUUUUAUACUGUGAGUUUUCCGAUGCUGUGAAUCAAUUUUAAUUAAACGGGCCAUUAGCAUUAAUUGAAUUGGCCAUGAAUGGAAAACAAAUUAAUUGGCAUCCAAGCGGAGGGAUUGUUUAGCCCAGCUGUAGGGCUACACUUGGGCCAGGGGUGCCGGGGUAGCAUAUUACUGAGCAAUGUGUGAGGUUCUGGUGUGAAUGGCAACAGCUGCAAUACUUUAUACGAGUAGCAUUGUUUCUGGCUCUGGUGAGAGUUGAUUUCUAUCCUGGCUUAAAAAAAAAAAAACACCCAGUAAAUGGUCAGCCAGAAGUUGUAAAUCUGAGAGGUUGCUUGUCCCGAAAAGGGGCAUCACACAUUUUUCAUUGUGCUUCAUCACGUUCCGUGGUGCACUUUAAGAACUGUAAAGGUGGAUUUCUGAAUGGUCCAUCCAUGGCAUAGCCUAGUUUUUGUCAACAAGGGAGACAAGGAAAAGAUGCCCGUAAGAUAACGUUUUUUAAGAGGAAAGAAUUGUAAAUAAUGUGUAAACCUUUAAGGACAGAAUUUCUCCAGAAUUGCAGGAUUUUUUUUGUCGUUGUUUAUCUUUGUAACAUUCAAAAUAUGAAUAUUUACCGCUUAAAGAUAUACAGCUCAAAAUUUCUUUGGUAUUGAGAAUCUCAAACUAUUGUUCCUGAAAAUAUGUGAGAUGUUACUGCGGUUUAGGAGAGCGUAUAUAAUGUGAUGAUACAACUUGAUGGUCCAUAAUUUUCAACUCUCCUCCAAAACUGGUGGUGAUGAUGAUGAUGGUGACGAUAACAAUAAUGAUAGAUUAACUACCAUGGGAAUUGACCCAGCUUGUUCAGCAUGUAUUACCAGGGGGAAUUACAAGAAAUUUGGAUUUAAAAUCCCUUUUUAAAAUCAAAGAAGAGUUCUAAUUAAUGGAAGAGUUGAUUCCUUUAUAUCACUUCUGGUGUUAGGCCCGUUACCACAGCAAUAACAGGACAAAAGAUAUCAAAUGAUACUAGUGUGGUUCUUCUUUCAUAGAAUUUUCCCCUAGAUUUUGGCCACAUAUUCUUAAGAUACGGCAAUCGAACUUGCUCUUUCAAGCAUUUGCCAAAUUGUGGGUUUUGUUCCUAGGCAAAAGGGAUUGACAGCAACUACAAAGAAAAAAAAAACAUUUUUUGCAGAUCAGAAUGUUCAAACUCAGAAAACCAUUUUUUUUCUCUAUACGUGUCUUUUGUGUUUGUUAAUAUUGUGCCAAGAAUGUAAAAAAAAAAAGCCUGCUUCAAAAAGGAUAUACUUGUUUUGUCAAGCUAAACAUGAUUUUUUAAAGGAAAGAAUCAUUUUUUACAUAUGUGUUUGCAAUUUGUAACCACUAACUUUGUAUGGAUUAAAUGUGCAAGUGGAAAAAAAUGUUUUAGACCAAAUCUUCAACAUGUACUGACAAAGACGUAAACUGGAUGCAUGUAAUUAAAUGUGGAAAGUGAAUUUUCAAGGGCUUUUGACUUUAAUGUAUUCUCCAGAUUUGCCCCAAACCAGUAUUUAUUUUGACCCUGUAUAAGCUGGAGCAAUUUAUUUGUGGGAUUUGUUUGAAUUGAUAUUUUCAAGCAUUAAUUUAACUAAUCCUCAUAUAAGAUUGUAUAAACUCGCCUUCCCAUCAAUUUUCACUCUUUCAAUCCAGUUUAGACCAGUACAUGUGUUUUAAAUAACAUGGGUUUUAUAAUUAGAAAUAUUUUAUCACAGACAUUGUGAUCAUGUGAACCAUAAUAUAAGCAGCAAGCUUUUUAACUCCCUGAGAUGAUUGUCUAAUCAUGGAAUUUUAAUGAUGUUUAAUUUAUUAAAUUUACUGGCUGCAAUUUUACAGCAAGGAACAUCUUGCAAUAUCCAUCUCAUCAGUGAGAGAAAGAGAGCAACUCUCCAGAUGAAAGUAUGUUAUCUUAUUGCUUGAUAUAAUAUUAUGUGUACUUACUGAUUUUAUUGUAAUUAUAAUAAUUCAAAAUAAUAACCACAAUGUUCCCAUUGCAACAUAUUGAUGUAUAAAAUUUCUGAUAUUUACAAAUUCUUCCUUCUAUUUCAUGUCCAGCACAGUUCAUAAAAAUGGACUUUAAUUUCUCUGUAGCUUAAGGUACUUGCAGCUCAGCCACGCUGAAUAUGCACAACCUCCUGUGCCUGCAAAACCUUUAACCAGUUCACACACAACCAGUAACAACCUCUUUCUCAGAAGGUACGCAAAAGAUUGUAUUCUCCUUACACCUCUCCACAGUGAUCUUCUAAAUAAACAUGGUGUCCAGUUGGCCCUGUGAAUAGCACCGUCCGUGAGCUGCAGUUGAUAACAUGGUGAUGUGGUUUUUUUUACGCCUUUGAACUGUGCGAUUUCUAUCAGGAUUUCAUCCCAUCUUUAACAGGUUUAAUUUGAGGCUUCUAUUUUUAUCGUAUCCAAGUCCUGGAUAAGAUUAUAUUUUAGCUGAUUUUAGACAGUAUAAGCAAUUUUGCUUUUCUUCUGUCAAGCAGUGGUUUUCGAACCACAUCUGUCCCUCGUUGUGUAUCAGCUGUAAAUAUUAGCUUUGAAAUGGGAAGUAAUCUUUAGUAUGUAGUUCUCUGGGUGAUGUUUAAAUAAUAUUGCUUAGCUACCAGACCUUUAAUUAGACAAGGUGGGAGUUGUCUGUUAUCUCCUGACCAGCCACUGUGUCCUGGAACUGCCUCCUCCCAUUAAACUGACACAAGAGAGGGGAGUGGGAAAAUUGGCAUUAGAGCACCACGGCCUGGGUGGUAGUGCUUAUGACUGCACUGAAGAGCUGACUCUCCAGGACAGGAAUUGCGCUCAAAAAACAGUUUGGCAGAAGUACCCCUGCAUUGAAAAAUUGGAAUCUUCCUGUCUUCCUCAUGGUAGGUGCAGCGUUACAAUUCCUUGCUGCAAGAUUGCAAGAUCUUUAAAAAACAAAACAAAACAGUAGACCUGGGUAAGUGGUCAGUGUUAAUUUUAUUGCAAGUGUUUUUGCACCUGCCGCAGUUGGAAUUUUCUGUCUUCAUGCCAGAAAUUACCAUUGUACAGGCAACUGUACCAUUUUCAACUUCCAGUUGGCUAAAGGUUGUUUACAGUGAUUUUAGUGUUGUUAUAUUUGAAUGGUCUUGACACGUUGGACAGUAAGUGUAUAUGUUGUGCAUACUUAAAAACAGCCCCCUCUCCCUGAUUUUAUAUAUUUAUUUAUAGAUCAAGGUGAACUUCCUAGAAUGUUAUCCAUCAACUGUAUCCCAGCUAAAUCCAGGAACACUCCAAUCUGAGAUUUAAGCACAUGAACUAAGACCGCAACACACCUGAUUUCAAAUGCCUUAGGUUAUCAUUAGGGCUGUACAGAUUUUCAGGAAUAAAUCCCAAUAGGUGCUUUGGUGCACAAAUGCAACACCUGGCUGCAACACUUGAGUUUGCAGGAUUGUGUGGUGGCUCUUGCUCAUGGCCUCAGGAAAACACACUGCUGCUUUAAAGAGGGACCAGGAAGUUCCAUCUUUGUGAUCCUGUGUGCUCCACAGCAAUGAAGUAUAUAAAAAUAAUAAAAUUUAAGGAGAAAAAUCAUGUUCAAAAUUGGCAUUUGCCUAUCCAGUAUUGAACACAUACUUGUAAACAUACUGGUGAUGCUAAAGAAGAUUAAUGUAAUGAAUGUAAUGUUUCACUCAUUAACAUUUUUAUUGCAAAUGUUUCUAGUUCUCAAAUGUUUGCUAUAAGAGAGGGGAUGCUUCCUGUUACAAUGUUCUUUUUAGACCAGUGGUGAAUUUAAGGUUUUUAUUUAAAGAAAAAGGAAAAACCAACCCAAAUUAAGACAAAUGUGCCUGUUUUAUGCCGCCCAUUAUUAUUUACUGGGAAAUCAGUUAAGUCCAGCAGGACGUAUUUGCAAGUAAUCUCAGUCUGAAAUUGGGACAUCCUGGGUUUAGUUGUCAAUACUGCUUUUAUGAUUUGCCAAAAUGAAGACAGUAGAACAAAAUGAACUCCUGCAGAUAUUCAAAGAUGAUGUUUAUCAAAAGAAAAGGAGGUAUCUGUUGCACAUACAUACAUUAAUAAGGCUUUGUAUGUCAAUGUCAUUUCCUGUUUCCCCCCUUACAAUACUAACAGAACAUUGGGUUUUGAGUUUUUUCCCAAAAGAAGCAGGAUUGAUCUGAAGAUGGCCAGAUGCUUGGGUGGGACCUUUGCACAGCCACAGCUCCAUGUUAAGCUGUUAGGCAGAGCUGGGGAUUGUUGUGCUGCUCUCUGGCUUUUAGGAAGUUGAGUGUGAUUCUAGAAAAUGCUGUUGGGCACCCUAGUGUGUUAUUUCAGCACCAUGCUCGGUGACAACAUCUCUCAUAGGCUGGUGGGCAUGUAUGUGGUCAUAGUCUAUCUUAAAAUGACAUCCAGAAAUGAAGUGACCGAAGCCGCUCUCUUUUGCCUUCCCUCUCGUCUCCCUGGGCCAUCUUCUAAAUACCUUCGCCCCCUCCCCAACAGUUGUUCCCUUUGGCAUGUUGGCAUUCCAGUCAGACUGUCCUUCUCAUCCCAUUGCUAGCCCUAAACUGGGGGAAAAGCUAGAUUUUGUCAUACUUGAAAAAGUCUGUUCUGAAUUGAAGGUUCCUCUUUUUAAAUAACACAUUUUACAAAGAACAAUACAUAUUUUUAGUCCUCUGUAUAUAGUAAGGAUAAGUACCAUUUUUUAAGGCAAGACUGGGGGGGGGGGUGUUGAAAUGUUAUCUUUAAAAUUGAAUACAGGGUGUACAGAAUCUGGUUUUAUUUUGCUUUUUUGGUUUGUUUUGCUCUUUUUUCAGGUGUGGUUUGAGAAUUUGUUGGGAUAUCAGCUUUUGAGUAGAAUGCACUGUGGAUCAGUGCUUUUUAUUUGUAAUGAAAGAGAAUCCUUUUCUCCUCAAGUAGUCUACAUUUUGAGGAUAAUGCUGAAAUGCUUUGUGUACUGCUCACUUAUUUCCAUUCUAAAGAUUAUAUUUUUGAGUUAGAGAAACUACAUGUUUUCACUGCAGUUUCUAGAAAAUGUUUAGAAAUAGAAAGGUUGCUUCUGAUUCUGGUGUACUCUGACUUCUUGAUUGUCAGGUACCAAUUGAAAAACGUAUUGUGUCACUCAAUUUUCUCUAUGGCUGUCUGACACUCAUUUUAAAUAUUGUAAUAACUGGUGCAGUCUCUCUUCUCCUUUUGUCCCAGUCUUUCACAGAUGUUUCUGUAGUAUUCUCCAAAACUGGUAAAUCUUUGGAUGUAUUUGUAUUCGUGUAUCCAAUGGUUGUAGGAUUUAGAGCAGGAGGUGGGGAUCUAUGGCCCCUUGAUGACCUGUGGACUUCAACUCCCAGAAUUCCUGAGCCAGUCAUGCAGCAGUUUUGUUACUCUGAUUUAUCCUCCCCCCCAAGUGUUUUGCUAUAAAAGCCGUAGGAAGCUUGUGGUUUAGCUAAGCUUUAAAGCAGACUUUAGGUCAUGGGUAGAAUUGGACUCAGACUGUAGUAAUGGCAUUUGAAUCCUGCUGAAAAAGAUUGUGAUCCCAUUUAAACAGGCAAGAGUGAAGUGAAAGUAGCUCAGCCUUGAUCUAACUCUCCAGGCUGAAUUAGUGGAGCACACACACCCAUCAGCAAGCUUGCAGUGAGGAGCUUUUGAAUAGUCUUCCAAGAUGAUGCUACAGCAUCCUUUACUAUUACUCAGAUUGAUGGGGGCUCCUGUUGAGCAAGAUCUGGAGAUCCCCCAUCUCAGGUGCUCUGUUCACUUGGGAUGGCAGGGGCAAGUUCGGCAUUUGUCGUGUAUCUGGCAGUUGACCUCUGUUUGAGCUUCUCUAUCUAGGUCAAUGUUUCUCAACCGUAGCAAAUUCUGGGAGGACUUCAGCUCCCAGACUUUUCUAGCCAGAGAACUACCUGGGGAGUUCUGGGAGUUGCAGUCCAGACAUCUUAAAGAUUGCCAUGGUUGAGAAACACUUAUGUAGAUGUUUAAUUGGCAGAGUUGGAAGGGCAAAUGAAAUAAUAAAGGUCAGGUUUCUUACUUUCAUUUUUAAACAGUUGUCAGGUAGAAGAGGGUGUGGAUCAAAAUACUGAUAGGCUGUGAGGAGGGAAAGACCUGCCCCACAGGCACUGCUCAAAAGAAGAAAAAUAUGCCAAAAGGUAAAGAUCCCUUGAGUCACUCUUAACUCCUGAAGAUUAAAUAGACGUUUUGGGAUAGCUUUGUGGAAGUGGCAGCCUAAUUUGGAUGUGUUGUAUGUGUAGCUUCCUAUCUAAUGUACAACCUGAUGACUUUUAAUUCUAAUUUCUAAUUAGUAUAUCCAAGGACUGACCCUAAGGAUUUUUUUUAGUUCAGCUAAGCUUGGCUAGGUACUGAUUCUGUUGUGAAACCCCCAAGUUUGCCAAAAGCUUCAAAGUUCCCUGUACAAAUAGCAGUAUUUAGGAAAGCAGCUCUGCCCCUUAAACUCCCCCCCUUCCCCCCUUUAGAAGCACAUAAAAUGCAACUCACAUUUCUCAUGGUGUCUAGUUUGUAGGGCCUUUUUUUGUUGAAGAGCCAGGAAAAAUGAGCUAAGCCAAUCCCACAACUACAGCUGGUGGAGAACCCCUCCUGUGCUUGUCUCGGUGCCAGACAGCCUCCUUGCAAAAGCAGAUUGGCACAGCCAAGGAGAGAGAAUGUUGCCUGUCCGUUCUGUCGGUGAACUUGGUGAGCCAAUGACCCACAUCCAAUAUUAGUGGAAGCAGGAUAAAUUGUGGCGGAAUGUCCGUCUUGUAAUUCUAGCUAACCUGUGAGCCAUUGUUGUUCUUUUUACAACAUGCGUAUCUGCACUACCAGUACAAUUACUUUGGUUGUUACAAACCUGUUCUGGAAAUAAAGAUACUUUAUAAGUAAAUCCUGCAGUUUGAGGUCUCCUUGCUAUCCUACAGCUCUUGCCUAUAGCAAGCCAAUGAUAAUCAGAAAAAAAUGCCCAACUGUUGAAUACAAAGGCAGUAAGUGGAAAACCUUAUAAGAUUUUUGCUUUGGUUCUCCAAAAUGCAUAUUUUUAGAACACAAAGACCAGCAGUAGUUGCCAUAUUACUUGGGUGACAGAUGAUAAAGUUAUUGAAUGUUGUCUGAGUAUCUGUAGCCAAAUAACAAAAUGUUCAAUUAGAAUAAAAUAGAAAUGUGCGGUUAUUCACACCGAUUUCUCUCAUUCAGUAACUGAAAUUAUUGUGAACUUCAUACAGUAGUUCUAGUGAAAACCACUUGAAUCAUUUAGUUGUAAAUUGCAAUUUACCAGGAUUGAUACUUGUAUGUAGAUCUUAUUUGAAGUAAUUGUAAGCCUAAAAUCCAAGUACAAUUAAAAUUCCAAGAUGUUUUUUGUGUCUGUAAGGCACUAUUGAAGGAAUGUAACCUUUGUUUUGAAAAUGCUUAAUGAAUUUCUGCAAAAGUGUUUGUAUUUUUUCAUAUUUGAAAUGUUUUUCUAAGUUGACAUUUUUGUUCAACAUUGAAAUAUAAUUAAGUAUAUUGUAAUUUUCUGUUUGAACUUCUCAAAGUAUUUAUUUUGCCCAGCUCAUGUUAGAUUACAAAAGUGUUGGAAAACACAUCUAGCCAUCAAAACCUUUUUCAGUUUAAGCAAACACCUCCCCCAUUAUUUUUCUGAAAUAUUUUGUUUGCCAUGUUAACACUUCAAAGAUUCUGGCGCUAAUGGGCUUGACAGCAUAUAAAACAAGGAAGUGGUUGAGACUAUUGUAUAGACUCCAUUUUUGUUAAUGAAACAGGUUUUGGAAAAUAAACUUUGGCACAAAG